ACGGACCGACGGACGGACACCGGCCAUUCCCUCUCCACUCACGCUGGGCCAUGACGGAGAGCGGCGAGAUUGAGGGCGAGUUGCGCAGCGAUGGCAGCGUCCGCAAGGGAUGUGAUCCCUUUGCUCAGACUCAGAGGAGCAAACUGCAAAACCGCCGAGCCCGGAUUAACCUGCAGAUUAAUAAGGAGAUGCUAAUGCGAGCUGGAGCUGAAAAUCUAUUUCGAGCUACGACCAACAACAAAGUGAAGGAGACUGUGGCUUUGGAACUGAGUUUUGUGAACUCUAACUUGCAGCUGCUGAAGGAGGAACUUGAGGAACUGAACAGCUCAGUGGAAGUAUAUCAGAACGAGAAUGAGUCUGUUAGUGUUCCCAUGAUUCCUCUUGGUCUGAAGGAAACAAAAGACGUUGAAUUGACGAUGCCUUUGAAGGAUCUUAUUGAAGAGCACUACAAUGAGCCAGCAUGUAGGUACGAAAAGGAACUAAAAGAACUUGCAGACCUCCGGCAGGCAAUGCGAACUCCAACGAGGAAUGAUGCUGGAAUCGAGCUUCUGAUGGAAUACUACAACCAACUUUACUUCAUUGAUAACCGAUUUUUCCCACCCAAUAAAAAUAUGGGCAUUUUUUUCCAUUGGUAUGACUCUUUGACUGGUGUUCCUUCGUAUCAACGGGCUCUUGCUUUUGAAAAGGGAAGUGUACUCUUCAAUAUCGGUGCACUAUAUACUCAGAUUGGUGCCAGGCAGGAGCGAACCACUAAGGAAGGCAUUGAUCAGGCUAUUGAUGCUUUCCAAAAGGCUGCAGGUGCUUUGAACUACUUGAAAGAAAACUUCUCCAAUGCACCAAGCCUUGAUAUGAGCACACCAUCCCUGAACAUGUUAGUGCGUCUGAUGAUUGCACAAGUACAGGAAUGUGUCUUUGAAAAUGUCAUGCUGGCAGGAGUUAAGGACGAGUUCUUGAUGCAAUUGCAAAGCGCACAGGAGGCUGCCAGGGUGGCUGAUGUUUAUUCCUUGGUCUAUCAGACAAUGACACAACCCCCAGUGAAAAACUAUGUUCCAUUCUCUUGGACAACUAUGGUCCAGGUCAAAUCUGAGUACUUCAAAGCAGUUUCACACUAUUUUGCUGCUGUUGCACUAUGUGACCAUACAAUGGGUCCUGAUGCUGACGAAAGUGAACAUGUAAAGGCCCUUCAGCAACUUCAUGUAACAAUGCCAGAGGGUCCCUCGUUAAUCACAGUACUGAAGGAUAAUGAGGAACGACGCAAAUUAGGCAAGGCUCAUUUAAAGAAAGCAAUAAUUAAGCAUGAAGAAGCGAUGAGGAUUCACAGCUUGUGUCGGAUCCUGCGUAAGAUGGAUAUCCUGCAGGAGGUGCUCGCUGUUGCCCACAAACGAUCAUUGAAGAAGUACUCUGAGAUUGAUCGUGAAGAUGACUUUUUUGAAACAGUUGAAGCUCCAGACAUUCAUCCAAAAACACAGCAGAAACCAGAAAUUAAAACUCCAAACUUUUCCAAAGUGAAAGUCACAGAUAUUUUUCACAGAUUGGGCCCUUUGUCGGUUUUCUCCGCUAAGAACCGAUGGAGCUCCGUCAGAGACGUUGAUCUUGAGAAAAGUGAGAAAGGAUUUGGAUUCACACUGCGUGGUGAUUCUCCUGUCCUUAUUGCAGGAGUAGUCCCUGAUGGCUCUGCAGAUAAAGCCGGUCUCGGAGAAGGAGAAUAUAUUGUGUCCGUGAACGAACAGGAUUGCAAGUGGUCCAAGCAUUCAGAAGUAGUUCAGCUACUGAAAACUGUCAGCACAGAAAGCAUCAAGAUUGGGGUGAUAACACUAAAUACUACUGAACAUCAGAAUAAUGCUGACAGGAAAUCACUUCUUGGUACAAUGUCCUCGGCAAGCAUCUUCUCCGGGAGUGAUAAAGAGAACAGCAGGAAAAUUGCUGAUUCUAGUAAGGGUUCAGGUUUGCUGACAACCUGGAACAAGAGGAAAAAUACAAACAAGGAUGGCAGCACUCACAGCGUACCAUUCAGUUCCGUGACAGAUGAUGGAUCAUUUUACUGAAGAGUAUUAUCAGUUCUGUCUAUGGAAAUUAUUCAUCAGUUUCACAAACAUAGCCAUCACAAGCCUGAGUACAGAGCAAUGGUAUAGAAGUUCAUUUCAUUCAGAACCUUGUCAAUUAUGCACACUAGAAUUUAAAGCCCUGUGGAUACUUUUAUUCAAAGCCUCAUUUGUGGAAACCACAGGUGGUGUGAUAGAAAAACAGUGUCAAGGUAAAGUGCGGUGCAAAAAUUGACUUGGUUUCAGUAUCAUUCACUGAUACCAGUGAGGUGAAAUGGAAGAGAUCUCCAUGCCUGAUUUGUUACAGGCUUCUACUGAAAACACUGACAGAACAGGGACACUGUGGUACGGAAAUACACCCUUUGUCCAUUAUGUCCAUGACAUUGCCUUUCUCAAGGUGCAUCUCUGGGUUUGUUUUUCAUUCACUCUAUGAGAAUAUACAAAGCAUUUGUGGUUAAUAAUGAAUGAAUGACUAUUCUGAACCUGCUGCUUCAAUAUGAGAUACUCUUCAGACCUGUCAUCGUGAUGGAUCUUUGGUUCAUUUCAAGCCAAUCAAGAGCAAAACUUUCCUUAAAUUUGUAAUUAUUCAUUUUCACAAGUUGCUGAAGAUCUAACAAGCAAAUGAUCAAAAGACUAUAUUCUUUACAUUAAAAUAGUAACCUGUUAUUAACCUGUUUUAGUACUGGAUCCAACACUGCAAAACCUCUCUCAUCCCCUACAUUCCCUGCAUUACUUUCUGCCCCCAUAUUGAAUUUCCUUUAUUAUGUCUCACUUUUAACUUCAUUCACAAAAUUUGCACUUUAAGAUCCAGAAACACUAUUGUUUAUCCCUCCCACCACUUGCUGACAAGUACAAGCUGCAUUGUAAACCUUGCAAGGUUUGGCUUGGUAGAAUUGAUCAGUUUGAUAUAGAUUUUUUUUAAAGGACAAAAUAGUACUUUUAGACAAUUCAAGAUUUUCUUUAAAAAUUAUGCCUAAAUUAAUGAUGGUUGUUCUGACUUGAGCAAGAUUGGAAGACUUUAAACCUCAAACCAACAUUCAGUCUUGAAUAAAUUUCAUAAAAAUCUACUGACAUUUUUUCAUGUUUUUUUAAAAAAUGGGAUAUAUUUUCUUAUUUCUGCAAACAUUUAGGUAGUUAAUGCUUUAGAUUGUAAACUUGACAGCAAAUUUCAUGUAAAGUAAUUAAUAGCACAGCCAAAAGCAGUUAUUCUGUCCAUAAUUGGGUUGAAAGAGGUCCAUCUAAUGUCAAAACUAACUUAAUGAGGAUCCAAUAUUAUAAUAUCGUUUCCAUCGCUUAUGGUGCAGAGAUUCACUGGAUUGUGCUUCCCUUAUGUCCCUAUGUGAAAGCAAUCUACUUGGUAUUUAUUUUUUUAAAGGGAACAUGUUCCAUGAUAUAUCGUAGUCCUUCCCAAAUGGUGAACCUGAUUUAUUGGUUGACUGGGCAACUUGAGUUCUUUCUCCAUUUUUAGACAUGGUAUAGAUUUGUUUCUUAUUUCGUUGCUGACGUUGUAACCCUGAACUUGCUGCUGAAUUACAAAACAAAAUUUGGUUGAACAUUUGAAAUUUUUGAUUGGCAUUUUGACCAGUUUAUUUAAUUUUAUCCAUGACAGAAUUCCUGGAGAAUGUAGAGAAAAUAAUGAGAAAAUGUCUGAUUUUGCAGUUAUAUUGUGCCAUGCAUAUAUGAUUAAGUUGAUUAACACAUAAUUCUGUACUUAAAAAGUGAGUAUGUAGAGAAGAGUGAGAAUUGCCUAGAUGUAUAGGCAAGGUUGUUCAACACUUCCCUUAGGUAGAAGAAAAAUCUAACUGCCAUUGGCUACAGCUUUUGCUCAUUACUAACUAAUGUUUGGAUGAAUCACAGUUGUCUCUCGGUCGCUGCAGUCAUUUUGAAUAUAAUUCCGUAGUGAAAAUCAAAUGAAUUCAAAGAAACAUCAGAUAACAUUAUCCCUGAACAUUAAUUUUCCAUCAGAUGUGACUGGAAAGAAAAUAAUUUCCACUUCAAUAAAGACAAAAAUGCAGCAAUUCUGCAAAAUUAUAUCAAAAUAAAUAACAGCACGAGUUAUUUAGUACUGCCUGCAUAUAUCAAACCUAAGUGCUGAGAGAUUCAAAUUUAGAUAAUUUUGAUUGGGGUUGUGAUGAAGAAUGGGACAGUUUCUGCAUAGGUAAUCGUCAGUUUUAUGAAGUAACACAAUCUCAUUGGUUAUUGAAAGCCCACUCCAGAUUAAAAUGUAAUCAGUUAUUUUAGCAUUGAUAAUUCUUUAAUUGUAUGGUUUAAUUUAGACCAGUGCAUAAUUAUAAUAUUUAGUGAACCAUUUAAUACAAUGAAACGGGUAGGAUAAAUGCACAUUUUGAAUCGUCCCUUCAAAACCACGACCAUAGACCUAAUGCAGGUAUAGAUUUAUGGUGUACGAAGGAACAGCAGAUGCUGGUUUACACCAAAGAUAGACGCUAAAUGCUAGAGUAACUCAGCCGGUCAGGCAAGAUCUCUGAAAUAGGUGACGUUUCGGGUCGGAACCCUUCUUCAGACUGAAGACCCGAAACGUCACUUAAUCCUUUUCUCCAGAGACGCUGCCUGACCCGCUGAGUUACUCCAGCAAUUUGUGUCUAGCUAUAGAUUUAUGGUUAUGCAAGGUUUAAUUGUCUACAUUUUCUAGUUGUUUAGAGUGUGGGGGGUGACGAGCGUAUUUAUGGUACUGAACACUAUCAAAUUUAUAACACAAAGCUGAAUAUACUUCUGGUAAAUCGCCAACAUUUGUUUGUUGAACAUAAUCUUAACCUCUUUUGAUAAAUUUAAUUGUCAUCAGAUAUAUGCUAAACCUGGCAUUUUCAUCUGGACCAAAUUAUUAUUUAUUAGAUACAUUUUGGGGAUUACAGAUCAAAAUAAUGUUUUAAUAUUUCCAAUUCUGCCUUUUCCAAUCUAUUGUUUUCAAAAUAUAUAUAUAUCUGUAUGAAUCAGACCAGCAGCAUAGGCAGCCAAUGUGUUCCUGUUAGCUGUUCAUUCUCACAAUAUGGAUAUCAGGCUACCUUUUAUUGCUCAUUCCUAUUUUUCCUUGAGAAAGUGGCAGUUUUAUUUUUAACUGCUGUUGUUGAAAAUGGGCUGGAUAUUCCAGAAUUUAGACUAUUGUUGUGCUGUGAAUGGGAUGAAUGAGAUUUUGUUAGAAACAGUAGAAAAUAAUUGGGUGUAACGUGUCACAGCUACUUUGCAAUCAUUCUCAACACACCUUGCUGCUAAGAAUAUAGUGCCCUCUCACUGUAUUGCAUCUUAACCCCAUUUGUUGUACAUUGUACUCUGGGGGCUGGAAUUUGUAAUCUGCUCUGUUGUAAAACUCUUGCCAGUAUUAUUCUUCACUGAGCUAGACUGCAGACUGAUGUUAUAACAGCUGUUUAAGCUACACACCUGUAACUUGCCAGAUCUCCAUUCCAGAUUUUAAUAAAUAGGACAGUUUUUAGAGAGAAUGUUUGCUUCUAACAUUUAAUUUGUGGUUUACAAAUACAAUGCAAAAUUAAGUUGCUAUUUUUUAAUUCCCAGAGGUAGAUGUAGGAGUAACCGUGGACUGUAGCCAAACUAAUUAAAAAAAUCGUUGUAUAAGAAACAAAACUGCCCGAUGAUACAUGUUGAGUAAGUGUAAAUCAUGUCUGAAUGUCUGUGGGGCAAUGUUUACGUUAAUGUAAGAAAUAAUAUGCUAUGUGUCUUUAAUCAAUUGUUUUGGUACAAGAUAUAUUUUUUGAUGUUCCUCAGAUUAUUAGAUAAUUCAAGAUGGUACUUUUCUAUUUCUGUACUGAGGUCUAUGAAUAAAAUACAGCAUUAAUAAUC